AUGAAACAAGAAACGAUUUUGCCGACUCAUGGGCUUAUGCCCAAUAGCCCUCCUGCUCGGCGCCCAGUUGGACGUGUCAUCUUGGUAGCCCUCUUUACCAGCAUCUUGGUCCUAUCUUUUCUCAAGGGCGAGACUAUCUUAUCAGCAAUCACCGAAAACACUGAGGGCUGCGCCCGCAAAGCUCAUGGAGCAACAAGUAUCGCGGCGCUUCGCGUUCGAAAUGUUAGUCCCCUACAAGGAGACACUGCUGUCUCUACAGAUGGUCGCUCUGGAUACAACCGUCGUGAUGACACUGCUAUUACCACCGACGGUCGUUCUGGCUACAACCGCCGUGACGAAGAGGCGACUGUCGGCACUGACGGACGUUCCGGAUAUAACCGCCGCGAUGAAGAUCAAGUCAUGAAUACAGACGGCCGGUCUGGCUACAAUAAGCGCGAAGAGAAUGCGGCUAUUACGACAGAUGGUAGAUCUGGAUAUAAUCGGCGCAACGCCAAGGAGACGUCUGAUAUGACCACGGAUGGUCGUUCUGGGUACAACCGCCGUGAACAAGAUGCCGCUCUUACUACAGACGGACGAUCUGGAUACAACAGGCGCGAAGAGGCUCUUGACUCUACAACCGAUGGCCGAUCCGGGUACAACCGUCGCGAACAGGCUACUGAUGCCACUACUGAUGGAAGGUCAGGAUGUAAUAAGCGGGAGGAAGCCUCUGCUAUCACAACUGAUGGCCGCUCGGGGUAUAACCGUCGCGAAGAAGCCUCAGACGCCACUACUGAUGGACGUUCCGGGUACAACAAGCGCGAAGACGCCUCUGCUAUCGGCACUGAUGGGCGCUCAGGGUACAAUCGCCGAGAGAAUGACGCUUCAGCCAUGACUGACGGACGAUCUGGCUACAACAAGCGCGAAGAGGCGCUUGACGCUACAACAGAUGGUCGAUCUGGUUACAACCGUCGUGAGGAGACAGAUGGCCGCUCAGGAUACAACAGUGUGGAAGACGGUCGCUCCGGUUACAGCCGCCGCGAAGAGAGCUCGGACGCUACUACAGAUGGACGAUCGGGGUACAACGGUGUAGAAGACAGAACUUCUGGGGUCGGUCGUCGCGAGGAGCUUGCUGGUGCCUCCACUGGUGGACGGUCUGGAUACAACAAGCGGGAUGAGGCCGAUAGCCGGUCUGGCUACAACAGUGUUGAAGACGGGCGCUCCGGAUAUAAUAAGCGUGAGGAAAGCUCUGCUAUCGGUAUUGAUGGACGCUCAGGUUACAACAGGCGUGACGAAGCCUCUACCAUCACUACCGAUGGACGCUCUGGGUACAACCGCGCAGUCUAA